UCCCUUGCUGUCGGCGUGCCAGGACCCAGGGAGGCGGGAGGGCUGAGGGAAAGCCUCUGACAGUGGGCAGUGAGGGGAGAGGGCCUGGACUGUUUGGAUGGAGGGGUGUGGGAGCGGGUUCAGAGAGAUUGUAAUAGGGAAGGCAAGAGGAGUGGGCAGUGGGGUGGGGAAGGGAAAGCGGAGGCAGGGAGCAGAUCGGUGGCACAGAGGGGGAGGAGAUACACUUAGACAGCUGGAAUUGAAAAGCUCUUUCUCCAUGCAAGCAAAAAUGCCUCCUUGUGACUUUUCACCUGGAAAAUAUGAGUCCUAUCCCUAUGAGCGUAUGCUGAAGAUCCGCAAACAGAAUCUGUCUCCAUCACUGGUAACGUACUACAAGAAACCACUGCUGCUACAUCAGGGACAUAUGCAGUGGUUAUUUGAUUAUGAGGGACGAAGGUACCUUGAUCUCUUUGCUGGAGUUGUUACUGUCAGUGUUGGUCACUGUCACCCGAAGGUAACUGCAACUGCCCAAAAACAGCUUGGUCGUCUGUGGCAUACAACCAACCUCUACAUGCAUCCAUCAAUCCAGGAAUACGUGGAGAAACUAGCAGCACUUCUCCCUAAUCCACUUAAGGUGAUUUACCUGACUAACAGUGGGUCAGAAGCCAAUGAUUUGGCUAUGUUCAUGGCAAGACUUUACACUCGGAACUUUGACCUCAUCUGUUUCAGAGGAGGAUACCAUGGAGGCAGUCCAUACACACUGGGCUUGACGUGCAUUGGAUCUUAUAAACAUGGUGUCGCCAGUGGAUUUGGCUGCCAAAGUACAAUGUUACCAGAUGUUUUUCGUGGUCCAUGGGGAGGAAGCCAUUGCCGAGAUUCUCUGGUGCAAACUAUUCGGAAAUGUAGCUGUUCUCAAGGCUGUUGUGAAGCAAACGACCAGUACAUUGAACAGUUCAAAGACACUCUGAGUACUUGUGUGCCAAAGGCAAUAGCUGGGUUUAUCGCUGAGCCAAUUCAAGGUGUUAAUGGAGUCAUUCAGUAUCCUAAAAGAUUUCUAAAGGAAGCUUUUCAGCUAGUGCGUGACAGAGGAGGCGUCUGUAUUGCAGAUGAAGUCCAGACAGGGUUUGGACGAACUGGCAGCCAUUUCUGGGGAUUUCAAACACAUGGUGUAGUCCCUGACAUUGUUACCAUGGCAAAAGGAAUUGGCAACGGCUUUCCAAUGGCAGCUGUCGUAACCACACCAGAGAUUGCAAAUUCCUUGGCUCAGAACCUUCAUUUUAACACAUUUGGAGGAAACCCCAUGGCCUGUGUAGUUGGAGCUGCAGUUCUUGAUGCUAUUGCAGAAGACGGUCUACAAAAGAACAGCAAAGAAGUGGGGACUUACAUGCUACUGGAGUUUGCUAAAUUGAGAGAUAAGUUUGAGAUCAUUGGAGAUGUCCGUGGCAAAGGCCUUAUGAUUGGGAUAGAAAUGGUGAAGAAUAAGGACAGUUGUGAACCUCUUCCAGCUGAAGAGAUGAGUCAGAUCUGGGAAGAUUGCAAAGACAUGGGAGUAUUGAUGGGCAGGGGUGGAAUUUAUAAUCAGACAUUUAGAGUUAAACCUCCAAUGUGCAUUACUAAACAAGAUGCAGCCUUUGCAGUGGAAGUAUUUCAUGCUGCACUAAUGAGACAUUUGGAAAGAACAGCUGCAAGUUAGACUCUGAAUAAUGUUUCUCCUCACCCUCCAAGCUCUAAAAUCUUGUUAUAACUACAGCCAGCAAGGAAUUUAUAGUAUGAAGAUAAGAUUGAUUAAUUUUCCUGUACAUGUAACUCUUACAAAUUUAAAUGUGAAAGGUUACCUUGACUCAGCUUGCUAUACCUACAAGAAAUCAGUCUUAUUGUAAUGUUGUGUUAAGAAAACAAUACCUAUUGUUAACACAAAUCAAACAUGAUUUUUUUAAAUUAGGUAGUGCCUUCUACCUAGGCCGAGACUAAGUUUCCUGCAUGUCAGACCAGCAAGUGAGAUUGGCUGGCGUACUCAGGCUGGCACUACAUGAAAGGGCAUCUGAAUACUACUGCCUUUACAAUUAUAUCAUAUCUGGGAUAGUUCUUCCUUUCUUUAUGCCCGGCUGUUUUCUCUUAAUAGCUGAAAUUCUGGAUGUAGUUUCUACAGUGACAGAGGGAGUGCUCUGUGUAAUCUUGCUCCAGUGACAUUUGCUUAGUAGCUAGUGCACUUCCUAACCAAGACUGGAGACAGCAGCACACGACAAACAAUACUUCACUCCUGAAAAAUACUUGAGUGGAAAACUAUGCUACUAUUACACUCAUAAUAGGGGUAGGAGUGAAAUUCCUCCAGAGCAGAGGGGCUGCUGAAAGCUCUUCAAGCAGGGGCUCAGUGAAGGAAAGUUGUAUGUGGAGGAUGGAUUUUGUUUAAUAGUUAUAGAGGAAGAUACUUAUUAAAAAAAAGUAAGGAAGGGUUUACUCAUUCAGCCGUGGGUUCUAAUCCAGUCUCCUGCCCACCCUCAGCAGUGAUCUUUUCUCCUUUGACUGGUAGCAGCUCUCCCUCUUCACGCAAUACCAUGCUGUGCCCCACUCUUGUCAUCAGUAGAAAGCUCAUGGAUGUUAGAUAAUCUUUUUUCCCUGUUCAGGGUAAAGACAUGAUUAAACAAUUCAGCCGUAAAGUAUAAAUUACAACUAAUGGUCAAUUCAGUUUACAAAUGUGAGUUAAUUUCUUGGUCCAAUAAAAGGUAUCACACACUG